AUGAAAUUUGCUGAGAAGCUAAAACAUCUGAAGGUGAAGUCCUGGGAAGACAAAUAUAUCGAUUAUAAAUUUUUAAAAAAAAUAAUUAAAAGGAAACGAAAUGCAGACAUAUGUAGUUUGUAUGAACGAAUUGAAAAAAACAACAAGGAAGUGUUGGAGGUGUGUAACUUGCUGACCUCUGAUAACGGAAGUGAAAACAGCAAAGAAAAAAAAGGGGCAAAAUAUGAGGACGUGGAAUGUGGAAAUAUUGAUUAUACGUACCUGUUUUUUUGGGUGCUACAAAGUUAUAUUAACAUGGUUACGGAACACUACGAACAGGAGUUUAAUUACCUUAACGACAAGGUGAACGAGAUUAAAACAUUCCUCAUGAGUGAUAAAAUUAAUUUGAAGGACAUGGACAUGAUGAAGACCAAGUGUCUACACAUUUACAACAUGUUUGAUAUUCUUAACAACUACCUUAACAUUAACGUUCUUUCCGUUUAUAAAAUAUUAAAAAAAAAAAACAAAAAGGAAAAACUUACUACGUCCCUCGACUUGUAUCAGAAGUACUGCAACACGCUGCACCAGAUAAGCCGUGAGGAGGAAUUCAAUGAUAAAAUCAAGUCGACCUACCUGGCCAUUCAGAAGAAAAGAGGAGACAAUUGUGAGAAGCUGGACUUUUUAAAUUUUAAAAUUUACUUGAAGAAUAAAAUCGAGAGCAUUUGGCAAUACAGAGGCAUCCUCUACAUCCUCUGUGGAAUUCUUAUAAUCCUCGUCAUCAACACCAUCAUUUUACUUUACCUGAACAAGAAUAACAUAAACGUGAAUACAAUUUUGUCAAUCCUGCCGAUCUACAGGCUGUUAUACGUUUUAAACUUUUUCUUCCUCUUCAUUUUCGGCUCCUUCUUGUUCAUGCAAGUGUACGGGGUCAACUUCACGUACAUCCUCGAUCUGAACAAGAUAAUCGUGGACGAGUACUACUACCUAAUUAACGUCGUGAUUUUCCUCCUUUUCCUGACGACGCUUUCUCUGCUCGUGUUCCUCCUGGACGUUCUCUUCAAGCUAAAUAUAUUUUCGAACAUUGUGUUCCACGUCUUCAUCCUCUUUAUUCUCCUCUUUUGUACGACUAUUUUUCCCAUUAACUUUUACAAGUACAAGGAGACCAACUUUGUUUUCUCUUCCCUUGUUCGAGUUUUGUCCAGCGGUAUUUUCCUAGUCAACAGCGUCAACCUGCUAGACAAUAUUAUUGGGGACAUCCUAACGAGCCUUUCGAAGACCUUCUCAGAUGUCCAGUACUUCGUUUGCUUUCUUCUAAGCGGGAUGAAGACAAAUGCGCCUGCGAAGUGUCCAAUCCUGGAAGGGUACAUCAACCCCAUAUUCGUGGGGCUCCCUUUUUAUUUCCGUUUCUGCCAAUGCUUAAUCAGAUACAACAACGAGAGAGAAAAAAUUCACGUCUUUAACAUGCUUAAAUAUUUGUCCGGAAUUGUCAUCGUCAUAUGCACGUCCUUUAACUGGGCCUACUUCGGUUUGGGGACGCACACGAGCAAACUUAUCCUCAUCUGCGCCUACGUCGUGGGGUCUUCGUACAUGUAUUUCUGGGACCUGUACUGUGAUUGGGGGCUCCUGAAGGAAUACAAUUAUUUGUUAAGGAAGAACAACAAUUUGAUGUACCCCCCGCACUACUACUACUUUGCCGGAGUGCUUAAUUUGGUCUUCAGGCUGACGUGGGCCGUCACGCUCAUACCGAUUACCAUCUUCCAAAAUAAGGAAAUAGACGCUUUCCUAAUAACCUUCGUGUUGAUGUUCAUUGAAGUCCUAAGGCGGUCAAUAUGGAUUUGCUUCCGCCUGGAGAAUGAGCAUGUGACAAACGCGUCUAAAUACAGAUCCAUACUAUGGGUGCCAAAAAUGACGAAGAAGAAGAAGUUUUGA